AUGGCUUUCGGCUCACGAUCAUCUGCCGCGUACAUUCAAAAUGCUGCUCCUGGGUUCAUCUCCACACCCGGACGGGCACCGACAUCUGCAACCGUCCAUCCCGUUGCCCUUUUCUCCAUCCUCGACCACUACCUCCGACGCACCGAUGCACAGGAGCGGGUGAUCGGAACUCUCCUCGGGACGCGCUCUGACAACGGCGAGAUCGAGAUUCGCUCGUCCUUUGCCGUUCUGCAUAGCGAAACGGAAGAGCAGGUUGCAGUCGACAUGGAGUAUCAUCAGACCAUGUACGAUUUGCAUCACAAAGUCAACCCGAGGGAGGUCAUCGUCGGAUGGUAUUCGACAGGCUCUAAUCUGAAUACCUACUCGGCUCUCAUACAAAAUUUCUACUCCCAAGAGACUGCGCCGCAUCAAGCUGUCCACCUCGCACUAAAUACCGGUAUUAAAGAGGGUGAGAAGGCAGGGGUCCAGGCAUUUGUCGGAUCGCCUGUUGGUGUAUUCCCCAAGCCCGAAAACUGUGUAUUUGUACCCAUUCCAUGCGAACUCCGCUUCCACGAGGCUGAACGUAGUGGAUUCGAUCUUUUGGCCUCAACCUCUAACUCCUCUAAUGCCAGCAUCGCGCAUCCAAUCACUGAUCUCGAAGUUCUUGAGCGGUCCCUCAAAUCCGUGGAUGAGAUGCUGGAGCGCGUCCUUUCAUACGUCCGGUCGGUCCUUGCGGGCGAGGUCAAGGGGGAUCCCGCAGUGGGCAGAUACCUGAUGGACACAUUGGGUGCGAGCACGGAAGAUCUCGAGAAGGGGGGAUUCAAUGCUAGUCUUCAGGACACACUAAUGGUAUCGUAUCUUGCAAACCUUGUCCGUUCACAAGCGGAGGUAUCGUCUCGACUAGCACUCGUGACAGCGUCGUAG